GAGUUCCUGGAAUGAGCAAAACAAAUGACAGCUGACCAGCGGAUGGGGCUCACACACCGUGUCACUUGUCUGGACGUGUUGACAUCUUCUUGUUGGGAUCUUAGUAAUAAUACGGAAACGUUAGAGCCGCUUGUUAAUGACUUAUUUGGGAUAUUAACAGCGUAACAAGCUAACGGUUACAGGUUAGCAUAGAUUAGCUUAACUCCUUCAGGUUUUGGCUUUUGUUUCAUCAGCAGAGGCAGGUUUCGUUUUCUUAAAAUGUAUCCUGUGGAUAUUACGUCUACCUUUAGAGGGAAGCCAGCUGUUGCCAUGUUAAUCACCGCCAGUGACUGUUUUUCAAUAAGCCAAACAGGAGUGUUUUGUGUUAAACCCGUGACAAGUGUUUAUCUUGACAACACAGCCAGACUAGCUGCUUAUCAUGAGUGUUAGAGCUCGCUAGCUUUCUCCGCUAAUGGCUGUUGUUAUUAUGUGCCAUAUUUUUUAUGAAGACUGUGCGUUUUCAGUCGUUAAGCGACGUUUCCACUAGAGGACAAUUCAGUCAGCUCUUUGUCAAUGUGAUCUGUGCCGAGAAAGUAAACAAGCUUGUGUGGACAGGCAGGAAAGAUGGAGGCUGUAAGACCAAAGAAGACAAAGACUAAAAGCAGCGGAAAAUCUCAGAUCAGGAAGCAGAAGCAGGAUGAAGCCACAGCUCCCUCAACUGUCAGCGAUGAGGCCUCCAUCUCCGACUUCACUGACAUCCCCCUCAGUCUGCCACAGCCAGAGCCAGAGGAGCAGCAUGAGGAGCCUAUUCAGCUCCCUGAAACCUCAGCACAGCAAUCAGAUGUGCCCUCUGAGAAACAGCAGACCUCCUCAUCACAAUCUCUGUCAACUUCAGAGAUAACAAAGACUCUGCCAUCACAGAGUACUGUAUAUCUGACAGUUUCAAAGGAGGAGGAUGAUGGGGUUGCAGCUCAAGGGGCUGAGCUUAAAGUUACAGCACAGAUUACAGAGUUGGAAAAAGACACAGAGUCAUGGAAUCAGCCAUGUGCUUCAGCUGAGUUUCAGAUCUCUAAUCCCCCAAGUGCCCCUGCACUGUACCCUUCUCUUCCCACACUGGAGGAGGGCCCAGUGAUGCAGCUCCGGGAGGAAGCUGUGAAAAACAGGGAAAAGGGACCUGCGGUGUUGGCGCUUCCUGAGCAGGAAUCAUCUCCUCCAAGUUUGCAGCCUCUGGAGUCUGUAGCAGAACUCUCUAGGAGCAAACUGUACCCAGAAUUACCCAAAACAGCUCCAGAAAUUCAGCCAUUCUCACUGGAGCAGCUGAGUGUCUGGGAGCCCGCUGGAGGUUUGCGAGCAUGGUUGGAAGGUGUUGAAGUUUGUGCCACACAGUUCUGUGCUCUAGCUCGCCAGGAGAACCAUGAACUGACUGAACUGCUGCAGAACUACUGGCGCUGUCGUAGGCAGCUGACCCAGUCUCACACACAGCUGCAUACACAGUCAUCUGACUGCAAGAGCACACAGAAUCGUCUGUGGAGCUUCAGAGAUGAGCAGCUUACACUUCAGGGUGUGUGUGCAGAUCAGUCUAAGGUGUGCGGGUACCAUCGCUUCCAGCAGGCAGAGUUUAGUCAAAGUGUGCUGGCUGAGCUGAGUCGACUAUUUGAAGCUCGCAGUGAGCUGCUGCAUCAGAAGGUGGCACUACAUGCAUACACCGCUCUGCUGUCACGCCUGCAGGUGGAGUCCUAUUUGUUUCGUCUAUUGAAAGAUUAUGUUGGUAACAAAACACAGCCCUGCUCUUUCAAACCCUUGAAGGAGGCCAUCAGUGUCCUGUUCAGCUUCACACGCAGAGUCCUGGAUGACUCCCAGUUUCAGACAGACAUCCAUCACUGGCUGGAGAGAUUGGUUGCAGUUCUGCUGCAUGUUGAAGGGUCAGGAGAGCACCUGUACCUGCUGUGCCAUCUGCUGUGUUGUGCUGCUGGGGUUGGCAAGUGGGCCUCAUCCUUCCUUCAGAUCCAGGUCUGGGGGAACACAAAUGGAGUGCAGAACUUUAUGCAAGCUCUAGCUGUCCUAAUGUCACCUGCCAGACACCGUGCAGAGUUCCUGGCACAUCUGAAGCCUUGUGAGAGCCAGGUCUCAUCAGCUUCUGGACCAGAAUCUGGAAACUGGACUCUAGUGGAUGAAGGAGGAGAGGAGGAUGAGGACCCUGAGAGCAGCUGGCUCAUGCUCUGUGAGGAGGAUCUGAUCUCCCUGCUCAACCAGUUUCCAUUCCAGCAGCUUUAUUCUCACAUGCUGGGGAUGAGCAAACCGGGUGUGUAUGAACCGCAAGCCUGCUCCAGCCAGAAGAUGAUGCGUGUUUUUGCCUUCGCGUCCUCACUCAUCGAAAUUCUCGCUCUCGGGCUUCAAACAUACAAUAGAGCCCGAUACAGACAGCUAGUAAAACGAAUAGGACGCAUCAUACGGAUGACGGUGUGUUAUGUCAGUGAUCACUGGGCCCAGUAUGUGAGUUUAACUGGUCCUGCUGGAUCCAGCUCGCACUCUCUGUCAUUGGACAAACUGCAGCUGGAAUAUGAUCAUCUCUUUCUCAGAGCUGUUCUACAUGUUCUCAGAAACAAAAGAUUGGGCAUUUGGUUAUUCAUGUCUGAGAUGCCUUAUGGGACUCUGUCCAGCUCUAUGCUGUGGAAAGUCCUUUAUGUGAUGCAGUGUGCAGAGACAGCAGGACUGGAAAAACUGCGCACUGCUUGUGCUACACAAUCCUGCAUUCAGGCUCUUAGAGAUCCAGAGCAGCAGGAGAGGUUCGAGCUCUGGCUGUGUGAAGUGAACAGCUCUGACGGCAUCGCCCUACUCACUGCACUCGCACACAUGGCCACACCAAGUCAGCACUCUGACCCUGCAUUCAUCACAACCAUAACCCUGCUGAUUUACCAGGUAUCUUAUGUGAGCAUGUCCACCAGAGAAACUUACUCUAAAGUGGGAAGGGAGUUGCUGGCUGCCAUAGCAACAGUCCAUCCAUAUGUUGUCUCUGUGCUGCUGGAGAGACUAAGAGAGACAAUACAGAGUGUAGGAAUGGUGGCUCUGUACUUGUGUAAAGAGCUGCCUCUAAGCCUGUGGCGGCCGCGUCCAGAGGAAAUAUGUGUGAUCGGGUCAUGGCUGCUCCAGCAUCCUCUGUCCGCCGUGGAGAACCGCCUGGCCUGUGUCAUACUGGAGGGUCUGAACUGGGGCUACACAGAUGAUGGCUCCCUGGCCCUGCCUUCAUCUCUUCACAGUGAAGUAGCUCUGCUGGUGGCUGAAGCCUAUCAGAAGUACCUCACUGACAAACCGUACAGCGGCCUCAUAUCAGAGGGAAUCAAACAGGUGUCUUACCUCGCCAGUGUCCUUCGUUUGGGUGUAUCUCCUGAAGCCUCCUUUAGUCAGUGGGCAUGGCAGCUGCUGCUAAGGCUGAAGCUCCACGGCAAUGGCCAGAACCCUAAAGGAGCCUGGUCUGUGCCUGCUUUAGCCGCUAACCCACCUCCAGAGCUCACACACAGUCCCAGCAUGCACUCUGUUAUCAGGGCUGUAAAAGCAGGCAUCCCCAUCGGAUGCUACCUGUCCAUUGCCAUGACAACAGUUGGACAUAGUCUGGAAAACUUUUGCACUGAUGGAGUCGAUUUGCUAAAGAGUCUGAUUCAGUCUCGACACCUGAGAGCUGCGGUGCAUCUUCUGGACAACAUUUUACCCCCAACCUACCCUCUCAGCUUCUACCUGCUCAACAAUGCUCAGUUUGUAAGUUGCAUCCAGCUGUUCCUGCAGUAUGACAGUGUGUGCCCUCAAGGUGUCACGCAGCAGGUGACUCAUCGGGUGGCCCCGCUCCUUACAGGAACGAUCUAUGGAGACAAUGUCCGACUGCUGAACAGUGUUAUUCAGAGUCACGUGGUGGAGAGUUCACUGCCCGGUCGGGUCGGAGCGGCAGCAGUGCUAGAGUUUUGGGUUGGGAUUUUGACCCAGCAGAACCUCUGGUACCGGGACAAAACCGUCCUGUUCCUCAUGGAUCAAAUCUGCUGUGCUGCUUUCUCACAUCGUCAGGAGGAAUGUGUGCAGAAGCUUCUGUACCAACAACACAAGAAUGCCUUGGGUUACCACGGAGAUCGGGGUCUGCUCUCCUCUCUGGUUGGCUGGAUUGCUGGAAAUGCAACGCCCUCUUUCAUAGAGGGCCAAUCCCUGAGUGUGGAGGUUUGGUUUGCCUGGCUUGUGCUGAACAUGGAGGGCGUGUUUGAGGAAGAGUCUCAGCUGAGACGUUGUGUUGAACAAGAGCUGUUGGCGGAGACCAACUUUACCCCAGAACAAGCCUUAAAGAAAGCACAGCAGAGGCUGAAGCUGCCGGUAGCACCAUCACUACAGCGGUUGCAGGUGUAUCGCUGGGCAUGUCAGGCCUUAGCCACGCCUCCUGACCAUCCACUCCUCCCUUUGAUCUGGCAAAAGUUCCUGCAGCUCUACCUCAGACAGCCAGGACCUGAGUAUGGGUUGGCUGCAGUAGGCUGCAUAGGUCGCAGGUUCUUCCAGGCCUCCCAUCAGGCUUCUUUACUCAGAGACCUAAGGCAGAGGAUACAGGAGGUGUCUGACUUCCACCAUGCUGCCAGUCAGGCCCUUAAGGUGCCCCCGACACACACGCCUACAUCUGACAGCCAGGGCAAUGAAAGCCCAGACAAUCCCUUACCUUCUUACCUCACUUCUCCUCAGCUACAUACAGAACUGGUCAGGUUGUUUGGUGUAUUUGCUGUGUGGUUGGGUGAUGAGACGCUGCAGAAGCAGGAAGUAUACCUUCCCUCUCUUCCUCCAGAGUAUGAACCACAUAGACUGGCACAAGUCAUGCAGAGACAACAGGAGCUGUGGCUGGAGUUUGUAGACCAGGAGCGUCUACAGUAUGAUAGGAGAGAGGUUCUGUCUUUGUGGGAGAAGGUGCAGAGUGAGCCGACCUUCUUACAAGGCCAAAACCCUGGCUUCAUUGACAACACAAGCCUCAGCAAUGCAAGAGAGCGUAUCCUGUCUAACCUACAGAAGCAUCCAGUUCCAUUUCCGGCUCCAGAGCUUCAGCAGCUGAAGGCUCCGGUAGCAGAAGUCCCCAUCACCUGUCUCACUGACUCUAAAGCUGCUGUUAAACUGGUGCAGCAGGACCUCAACACUCUACAAGACCAAGCAAGAAUUGCAGUGGCACGUGAAGCCCAACAGGUGGCGAUGGAGCAGGAGCUGCUGGAGAGUCUUCCUCUUCUGUACAAGAACCAGCCAGAGCAAGUCACCAUGGCCCUGGAGUGUAAAGGGAAAGGAGGGCAGCCAUGCCAGGGAGCUGCAAACAUCACAGUCACAUGUGAGCGUGUCCAGAGACAGGAGGCAGUUCAGACUCAGAUAACAUCAUUGCGCAGGGACAUCAAGAAGCUUCAGACAGACUCCAUGGCUCCUCCACCACAAAACCUGGCACAAGCAGCAGUCCACACGGAGAACUUUAUCACGGCUCUGGUGAAUUUGUACAAGACACAGAAGUCUCCAGCAGUGCAGCAGGUUGGUGUGUCUGCCUUUUACCAGGUGGUCUCUUUUGUGUGUGAAGACACACUACGACAUCCCCCAACACGCCAGUAUCUCUCCUCAUGCGUGGAGAUCCUGGGACAGGUGUUUAUUCAGAAUAAUUCAGAGGAAUGUGGCAGUGUCCUGAAGACAAUCCUGGAGCAGAGGCGUCUUUGUCCCCUCAUUUCCCCCUUUUUCACUCCAAACGCAGCACCCAAACAGCUCGUCUUUCUUUACCAAGAUGUGGUCACGUCCUUACAUCUGGACACUGCUGAUGUCAUUUUCAUGCUGCUCACAAAGUUCGAUUUGUCUCAGUGGCUGAAUGAAGCCCAUCCUGCGUUUUCGGAGAGAACCCGUCUGCUGGAGUUGGUCCAUGGAGCUCUCUGUGUCUGUGGCCGGGACCCUGAGCCAGAACUCCUCACGCCUUUUCACCUCUUCACCAAACACUGGACGUGGCUUCUACGCCAUCAUUUCCCUGAUCAUUACAGUGACUGCCUACGUCUUCUCAUGACUAGCUCUUCAAACCAGCUACUGAGUCCAGAAUGUUGGAAAGUGACCCUGCGUGUGCUUGGCUGUUUACCUCCUUCCCGAAUCACCAAAAGCAAAUCUGAACAAUCCCACUGCCCCUCUGAUGCUGCCGGCCGCGCUGUCAUAUCUUCAGCUUCACACAGAACUCCCAUCGGCCUCUCCCCUCAGCAGGUAGAUGAGACAGUGGAUUGGCUGAGUGAUUAUUUCCUGCGGAGUCGUCUCAGUAAGACAGACCUCCGCAGCUUUGGCCUGUACUCAGCCUGGACACCCUACAUCACCGAGGUUGUCUCUUUCUGGGAACAUCUGAUCAACUAUUCGAUCAGUGUGCAGCUCAGCAGCUGUGCCAGAGAGUCAGUGGGCAGCAGCAAAAUCUUGAAAGCUUUGCAGGAUCUCCACACUAAGACUGUCAAGCUAUUUAAGCCUUGGAUCCUCCCUCUGGACACUGAUGACGGCGGUAACCUCAAGUGUUACCCCUGGCUGGAGACGGAUGCGAGUGCAGCAGGAAGUCUGGUCAGCCUGUACGCACAACUCACAGACACACUGCAUCACAAGUUCAGAGAUCGUCUGCUCCCUGGUCAGAGAGGAGCGCUCUGGCUGUGUAUGAUGCAGUACUGUGAGAGUUGCACCUCUCCCCGCACCCCUGAGUACUUGCUCUAUCUCUACCACACACACCUACGCAGCCUGCCCUGGAGUCAUCUGUACCCGGACACCCAGCUCAUGCAGCAGCUCUUUAAUGUGGAGAGAGGAAGCCCCAAGAGCUGUUUCCUCUUCCUAGGUGAAGUUUUAUGUGAAGUAAACUGGGUGAGCGUCCUUAGUGACCACUUACACAAACCCCCGACCUCCACAGUGUAUCCUGUUCUACCUGAUGAAGGAGCUAAGAAGGAGUCACACGCCAUGUUAGUUUAUCUCCUAUACAUGCUGGUUUUUCUGGCAAAGGAGGAACAGCUUCUGAGCCAACAGGACUCCCCUCUGCUCAGUCUACUCGUCCAGUCCACCUCUCUGCCCUGGCACCAGCUGGACCUUUCCUCAUACCAGGGCAUUCUGGGAUACGUUAGCACUCACUACCCUCCCUCUCUACUGCUCAGUACUGAUUCUGCGCCUCAGCUGCUGCUGAAAUCUCUACGUGGUGCUGCAGGGCUCAGCCCUUGCCCUAGUGAAGCUCCACACAGGGAGGAGACGCUGAAAGCUGGAGCCUACGUGUGCUGGUGUGUUCAGUCUUUGGUGACCCUGGAGCAGGGGGGCAGCAUCACCCUCAGUUGCCUGGAGGCUCAGCUUGAGCUGCUUCUGGAGAGCAUCGUCACAUUCAACCCACCUGAGACCGGUUUGGAGCAGAGGCACAUGGCAUUCUGCAGCCUGUUCAGCGAUGCUCUGGCUCUCCUGAACAGAGUGGGCGUCUCCACAGGCGAGGCACUCGCUUCUCAUGUCAUCACCUGGCUGGACAGGAAGGGGAGGGGCUUUCCUAUUCUGCCUCUUCUCACAGCUUGCUCCCGUUGCCUUGCAUCAGUGCGGCACAUGACGCGUAUCAUGGAAGCGUGCAUUACAGCGUACUUCAAUCAUGCUGAGGAAGAGUCUCUGGGUUGGGGUCCUGUGUUGGCAUCGCUGCAAGUGCCUGAGCUCACCGUGGACGACUUCCUCUCUGAGAGCCAAUCUGGAGGCAGCUUCUUGACGCUCUAUGCCUUUAUCCUGCAGCGCCUCAACACAGAGUACACAGCAGCCAAUGAGAAGAGGACACUGGCUUUGAUAAACACAUGGACCUUUACUGUCUUCCCAAGUGGUCCGGGGGAUGAAGCCAAGCUGUUUCUUUGGUGGCACAAAGCACUGAAUCUGUCAGCAGAGCAGCUGCAGCCACAGGCCAGCCAGACUGAAGUGAUCGGAGUCGUUCUGGGUCUGUUGAGGUUACAAACAAGGCUGCUUCAGCUGGGAGAAGAGAGACUGAACUCUGGGCUGUUAGGUGCUAUAGGCCUGGGGAAAAGGUCUCCUGUCUCUAAUAGGUUCAGAGUGGUGGUACGCAGUCUGGCAGCAUUCCUGUCAGUACAAGUUCAAUCCGAGACCGAGCUCCGACUCCAACCCACCGCUGAGUUGGAGCUCUCUGCCAAAGCCCAGCAAACGCUCGGGAUAUUGGAGGCCAUGCCCAGCAAUAAACAGUACGCUGAGUUAGAGGACUCUGUGAGUAAAGCGGUGCAGUUCAUCCGCUACCCAGGACACUGUCUCCGAGAUGGACCCAGACUUCUGUCUCUGCUAGCCAACCUGCUAUACCCCGACCUCAGAUACCUACACAUAAUCCGCUAGCCAAGACUGUAUCUGACUCUCAUGCUGGUAAUCAAGGAGGAUGUCAGCCAUUUGUGAACUCAGUCCUGAACGGAGACACAUUUCUGGAGCACAAAGUUUCCAGUAGUGACCCUGUUACUGGUUUUUAAUCAAGAGCCAUGUGUUUUUUUAACACAGAAACUGACCGUUCAUCAGAGCUCUCUGUGAACAUUUUUGACUGGUUCAAUGAAGGCAUAAGAAAUGUCACAAGCUAAGCCCUUCUCCUUACUCACACUUUGUUUUCUUCUCUUGUUAAUGCCUUGUUGCUUUUAUAUAUCUUGCCAAUGCAUCAGUUCUAUUCUUUAUUAGAGAGGAAGUUGCACAUAUUUAUUGAAGCAUAAUUCGUGAAUCAGAAUUAGGCUUAAGGUGUCAGUUUGGAGACUACAUGUGGAAUCUAACAAAAUAAAAGAUGAAGGGUCCAUAGAUUACAUGGAGGGGUUUGAAGGAGGGAUCUAAUAGGCCUAUAUGUUUAGUGGCACCCUCUUGAAAAAGGGUGGGCGACAUACCAGGGAAGCUUGAAGGCGGGGUCUUGUGCCUGAUACAAUUCAACUUUGGAUGCUAGCAUUUAGCAACAAGCUACAAUCUGUGCAUAUGACUACAGUGUCUGCCUGUAUGAAGUGACCAUGCUUAGUAACAGAACAUGUCAGUAUUAUUCUUAUUUCUAGCCAAAAGUGCUUUCAUUUUUUUCUGCCAAAGAGAUGUUUUUUUGGUUCUCUGAGCUACUUUAAUCGUCUUGCCCAUGCAUCCUUGUUAUUCCACGUGUCUCUGUUAGGUACAUAAAACUGCAGUCUGUAAAAACAUACUUGAAGGAACACUCGACAGGAGUACCACUUACUCUGUGCUUCCCCAUUUGGCUUCCUUAUAAAGUAGUGUGUGCCAUAACACAAGCUUCUGAAGCUGAUGGUAUUACUAAAACAGCAGGUAUGUUGUGUAGGGGGAGCUAAAUUCUGACUGGACUUUUAUACUUAAAUAGUGGUAUAAGCACACUAUGAUUCAGAUUUACAGACUGUACUGUUCACCCAGCACUCUUCUCCUGAGUUUAAUUACCCUUGGCUGUUCACCACUUCUGUUGCUCUGUGCCAUCUCAAUAAUAAUCGUGCUGCACUUCUGCAGCCUUAGGCUUGCCUUAUUGCCUGUGUUCUGUGUCGACUGUUAAUGUCAGAAGUGCUGCUUUUUCAUGACUCAGUGAUCAGGAAUGGGUCUGUGGGGCUGCAGGGGGGAGGGAGAGACGGAGCGGGGGAGUGGGAGCACUGCACAAAGGAAACAUGUUCAAUAAAGGGAACACAGAGUGUCUCUCAUCUAGUGUUUACCAGUUAAAGCCAAUGAUCAAGGACUACAUUUACAACCCUGUUUCCAAAAAAGUUGAGACAUAGUGUAAAAAGAAAAUAAAAGGUGAAUGGAAUGAUCUGCAAAAUAUGUAAAUUGCAUAUUUAAUUAAGAAUAGCAUUAAGACAACAUAUCAAAUGUUGAAACAAGUGCUGUUAAUCAAUAAAAAAAUGUAUCUUAUUAAAACAGGCUAUGUAUUUAACUGCACGUUAUCACACACUUAUUAAAAUGAGAGGGACUGCAUUGCAGGUAGAUUUAAUAAUAAUAUCACUGAAAAAGUCUAAAAGAAUGUGAUUCUGAAUGGCAUCAGAAUAUUUUACAAGCUUUUGAAUCAGCAACACAUCAAUAGAUGUAUGAUAUAGAUGUUGUUUGGACAGACCUAAGCAUCUCUCUCUAUUCAUGAGUACUAGAGCCCUGCCUCCCACCCAUUCCACAGCACAUGCCCCCCCACAACAGGUGUCUCCAGGCCCUCACAGAUUUUGACAAUCCAUGUUAAAUAUUCAGAUUAACUGACUGUGCAUUUAAUUGAAGGCAAUAUUGAUAUGUUCCCACAAGUACCAGCCUGAUUAAGUUUCCUCUUUGAAUGAAUGAAAUCCUAAGAAAACAACCACAUCCUUGUCAUGCGUAAUAAUGGCACACAUUGAUAACAAAGCAGCUGGGAGUCUCAGACUGAUUUAACUCCUGAUUCUGGCUUAGUAAUAGCAAUGUCAUAGUAAUAUUCUCUGACCUUAUUAACAUAUUUAUUUUUAAAGAUGCAGAGGUGAAAUUGUUUCCUGAUCUCUGGAAAGUUUGUGUAUCAUAAAAAAUUGCAGCGCACUUCUAUCAGCUCUAUCAGACAGUAGGCUUAUCUUUAUUUAUGCUGUGUUGUUACCGUCCUCAUUAGUAGAUGCUUAAUACAGUAAGGCCUUUUUUGUAUCAAUAGGGAUGUUUUUUCCCCAAACAACAGCAUAAUGGCUCAACAUCUACACACUGGUACAUAUGUGGGAUGAUAGGCCAACAACACAAUAA